GUCAAGGCCGGUUCAACAUUGGGGAAUAACAGCUUCCUCAAGGGCGCUGACUUGCCAUGGAUGGUGCAGGUGAAGGUGGCCCAUCCCUACUUCAAAUCGUACUGUGAAGGCUCCAUCAUCAACAAAUACGUGGUUAUAACCAGGGCCUAUUGCACUGAAAUGACGGGCGAGGAUCCCACCAAGAUCUGGGUCAAUACUUACGGACACGACGACAACGGACAAAACGUCACGGUUCCCGUCAAGAAGAUCUUGAGGCACCCCGAAUACAAAUACCCGAGCUCCGAGAAGGACGUCGCCCUGGUGAUGGUUGAGAAAGAAAUCAAGUUCAACAAGAACAUCAUGCCGAUUUGUCUGCAAUCUACACCAGCAGAUCUGAGCAAAAUGACACUGAUCACAGUUGGCAUCAGGCGGAGAUCGUUUGGUCCAGCCAAGCCAGAAGGGUCAUGGUACUCGACCGGCCUAAAGCUUCUCUCCGACGACGACUGCGUGGUGAAGUUUAAAUACGCCAAGUACCUGAAAGACACCAUGUUCUGUGGCCACGGGGAAGGCGACGAAAUCUGCAAAUACCGGUUUCACUCGAGAAAACAAAACCCGGUUUUGUUGUCUCGAGGGGCGAUCAAAAAGUUCUGGGACUGA